AUGUCUAAUAAUCCAGACGAUAUCGCCACACCGACUCUUGAACCCGACACUAUAUUUUCAAUACCUUCACCUUCCCCUCUUCCCCUGAGCCAUAGCGUUUAUUCUCCUCCAUCGGGUGGAUGUGAUUAUACGACAUGUCUGAAUACCUCCGCCACUAGUCCCAGUAGCAACAGGAAUAUGGAAGAUAGACAUUACGCUCUGACAUUAUCAAAUCGAAUUUCAGAAGAGAGAAUUAGAAUAGCAGAAGAGAAAUUGUUCGAUACUCAGUGUCAACUUGAUUUGGCGUUUAAAACAGUCACUUUGGUUCAUACUACCACAUCGAAAUUGUUGGACAAGGUUCCUUGUCAAAUGGCUCAACAGGACUUUGAAGGAUGUAUGAAAGUGGAUCAUCAGUUAUCACAUUAUAUCCCCAAUGUACGUGAGGGAAUGGAGAGAUCCUUGAGCGAAGGGUUUUACCAAAAGAUUAUACAGGGGAUGGUGGAGAGCAAAGUGAAGGAGGUAUGGGAACGAUCUAUAAGAUCUGGGUCAGAUCCUGAAAAGACCUUGCAAGAUUUAUUUGAGAAGAGUGAAGUAAGAGCAAAAGGGAGUUAUGAACCGAAUUCAACCAAACGUACUUUAUUGCAUGGUACGGAAUUAACUAAAGAGUAUUUGACGGCUAAGAAGUAUUCGUUAAUCAUACCAAAUGAAAAGACGGAAAUUGAAUUGCCCACGCUAGGUAGGAAUACAUAUGACUUAAUUGUCUACUUCAAGAGUUCUUUAGGAACUUCGAAAUUACCUGAGGGGAAGAGACCAUUAUGGCCUGAUGAAUACACCUCGCGCUGA